UUAAGAAACAAAACAUUUGUUUUCUGUCUUCAAAAUCGAUGACCGCUUCUCAUCUGUGAGUCAAAACUCGUCAGUCAUUUGUCGCCACUCGUGAGCCAACCCUCUCGCGGACUAAUACAUGCUUUGGUUGUCAUCGUUGGCCACCGCUUCCCGAAGACUACGCGAGUGUCUCAACACGUGUUUGGAUCCAUAGAGACAAUCGUUGGACUCAUUCCACACUUGAAUUGCAAUUGAAAUCCAGUAAUGGAUUCAAUUCGGACUCCGUUUGGCGGCCAAGACAUGGGCUUCAAUUGGUCUGAUGUGACCCAAGACUUCUGGAAAGCGACUGAAGAGCUGAGUUGCGGUCAGUUAUUACACGACGAGUUGUUUGGUUUGUUUGAAGCCAUGUCUGCCAUAGAGAUGAUGGACCCGAAAAUGGACGCCGGAAUGGUCUCCAAUCAGACCAACAAACAGGUCCUCAAUUUGGAUCAAUCCAUAAAAGCCAACAAAAUUAAGUUAAAGGACUUCACACUCGAAGAACAGUUGGGUAUCGUUGACGAGACCCUCUCAUCGAUGGUUACGUGGUUUGAAGGCCACUCAUUGGCUCAGACCGUCUUCAUUAACCUCUAUCUCCACAAUCCGUCACUCAUUGGCGAUAAAACCAUUCGAGUGUUUAGUCUAAUUGUUCUCAAACUCAUUGAUUUGAUCCGUGAGUUUGUCUCGAAGGCCAACGUCUUCGAAGAGGAAGACUUUCAGCCAAUGGUUUACGGCUACCAAUUGGCCACCGAUUUGAGUGAUUCGAAGGCCUCGUCGCUGAUGAGGGAAGUGGAGGAAGAAUUGUCUAAAAAAGUGAAGUCUCUUCAAAGAGCUGUCGAAAAAUCCAGUGAAUCCGAAGCCAAUAGACACGACGUCGAGUGCCAUCGACUCACUUCUGGUCUCUAUUUUCGGAUCAAAUUCUUUAGAAAUCUUUUCCAAACAUUGAAUACAUUAAAGAAAGAGACGUUUAGUAAAACUAAUCGAAAAUUGAGCGCAAAUUUUGAGAAACAAUUAGUAGAAGACAUUGAAAAGUACUUAAAUCAAUGCAAUGAAGCGAUCGCUUCGUGGAAAGACACCAUCGAUUGCGGUGUAAAACCGGAAUCGAGUUCCACGAGCGGACAUAGAGCUGAUUACCCGACUAUUAUAGGCUUUGAGCCACUCGUUAAUCAACGCUUACUUCCGCCCACUUUUCCGCGCUAUACAAAAAUGAAGAGCCGAUCCGAAGCCCUGGAAUUCACGCUUCAAUUGUUGCAUCGGUUGAGACGUGUGUCCAAAGUAUACGAGUGCUCCUCAUAUGAGAGUGCGUUAGAGUUCUUCAACGACUUCAGCCAAAACAUUCCCUCUUCGUGUGUACUCUCGCGUUCAAUACUACAGGUCCUGUAUUUACCGCAACCGUGUCUAGUGUUUGGUGUGACACAUAUGGCGCAAGUGGUGCGCGAGUCGUGCAAACAGUUUAUCAAACCGCCCUCUCUUACCACCAAAAGCGUCCAAAUCAACAGCAAUCCCAACGCUAAGGAACUGUUGGAGAACUUCUUCCAGCGGGCGGUGCGGCCGAUGGCCUCAUUGACACAGAUCUGCGGCCACAAUAGAGCGCGUCAGAGGGAAAAGUUGGCUCAGAUUCUCGAAGAACUCACUGCACUCCAGGACGAGGCCGACAAAGUGGACAACUAUUUGAAUGCAUUGACACAGAAAAGUGAUCCGCAAACCAGUCAUUUGGGAUAUUAUAGCACUUGGGUUUUGUAUCACAUCCUAAGAGUUAUGACACAAUACCUUCUCUCGGGCUUUGAAUUAGAGCUCUACUCUCCACACGAAUAUCAAUACAUAUUCUGGUAUUUGUAUGAGUUUUUGUACGGAUGGAUAGUCUCGACACUCAAUCGGGCCAGUAAUCUGAUCCUCGAACAGGAGGCCAUCGCCGAUCAAAUUCAACAGCAAUUGAAAGGCAAGAGUAAGAAAUUCCGUAUUAAGAAACGCAAACAAAGGCCACACUACCAACACAUACUUAUAUACCAAUCGCUACAACAUCUCAACAAUGGUUUCUAUAAAGCCAUUUGUGGCUUCAAAUUAGAUAACAAACUACCGGUCCCUCAGUCGGCACUCAAUAGCGAACAACUGCGAUAUGAGCACAGGUUUAUGCCGUUUCGCAGUAUAAUAGCGCCGCCGCCCGUCCCGUACCACCAAUUCAAAGAUAUGACUAGCAAUGUAUGGCAACAAACCUCUGGUGAACUCUAUUUGAUGUCUUGUAAAAGCUUCCAACAAACAAAGGCUUUACUCGAAACUAUAACUGAUCCCAAACAAGAAGUCUCGUCUUAUAUUAAAAUAGCGAAAACUAAUUUCGUUGUAAUGAAACUCUUACUGAGUGGACAUCAAAUGGACUCUCAGAAAUGUCCAGAAUUCGACUUUUCGGUCAAUCCAUACUUUCCGUUAAUAAGUAUUUAUAAGAAAUGAAUUUAUAUACAAAACAUUUUAUCAAAUUUUAGUAGUUAUUUAUUUAUAAAUUAAUUCAAAGAUAUACAUCCAUUGCAAUAAUAAAAUAAUAUAGAAAUUAA